AUGCCUAUCAAACGGAGAACACUUUCCACAGCCGCAUCCAAGCUUAAUAGCGGUGCGAAAACAGUGCGCGACGUCUUUGAACCACCAGUUGAUACAGAGAAAGAGUCGCGUCCUACCAAAAAGACUAAAAUUUCAGCUGGGGCUCAAAAGUCAACCAACAAUAGCGUCAAGGACGUUAAGAAAAAGUCUAUCAGUAAAAAAGUCGAGGCAGAAGAUAAUGAAAGAGACUGUGGAGAAGACAUGGAAGCUGAGGCUGAGAACAAAGCUAGCACAAACAACAGCUCUGGUCCAACCAAUACUUCUAUGCCAGCUACUUUGUCUUUUCAAAAGAAACAGGAGGACACUAUUAAGUUUGCUUCCUGGAAUGUUAGCGGUUUGGCUGCAGCCGUAAAGAAGGGUUUUGACACGUAUGCGAGUGCUGAAGAUGCAGAUAUUUUAUGCUUACAAGAGACCAAAGUGAGGGAGCCGCUGGAUAUAAGCGCUAUCGUUGAUAGAUAUCCUCACAGAUGGUGGGCAAUUGGCGACAAGAAAGGAUACGGUGGUGUAGCUGUAUUCUCAAAAAUCGAACCAAUUUCCGUGACUUACGGAGUCCCGACUCAUUCAGACGUAGACUACACAAAAAGUAGAGUUAUCACGCUGGAAUUUUCCAACUUUUAUUAUGUUGCGUGUUAUAUCCCUAAUUCGGGUACUAAACUGAAGAAUUUGGCCGAGAGAAUGGAUUGGGAUAUUGCAAUGGAUAAAUAUUUGAGGCAAUUAGAUGAAAAGAAGCCUUUAAUCUGGGCUGGUGAUUUGAAUGUUGCACAUACAAAGAUUGACUUGGCGAGACCGUCAUCCAAUUCCAAGACAGCAGGCUUUACAGCAGAAGAACGAGCUGACUUUGAAAAGCUUUUGAAUGGUGGUGUGCAAAGGUUCGUUGAUACAUGGCGCCAUUUCCAUCAAGAGACCAAGGGAGUGUAUACAUACUAUUCGUAUAGAUACCAUUGCCGUACCAAGGGUAUUGGAUGGCGAUUAGACUAUCAUGUAGUAAGCGAACGCUUACUCGAUAGGGUUCUGCAGAGCGAGAUCAGGAGCGAGUGCUAUGGUGCUAGUGAUCAUGUUCCGAUCGUCAUGAUUUUAAAAGCUUAA